GGGGGUAGGUACUUAAGUAUACAUAGGCAGCCUAUGUCCCUAGCUGGAGAGCGCUUUAUGACAUCAGCUUGACGAAUACGCGAUCGAGCUUAACGACUCGUGCGCGUACAUCGAAGCGCUGCUGUGAACCGUCUACGCCUGCCCAUUUCGCUGCCAUGGAGGCAUGGCUCAAAUGCCUUGUGCUCUCUCUAGCUUGGACAGCGUCUGCCUUCGUGGCUCGCGCACCCCGUCCAGCCAUGGCCGCGGCAUUGCGCCGCAGCUCCAGGCACGACGUCGCGUCCAGGCACGUCGCCUCGAUGGCCGCGACGUUGACGGACCCGACGCCGAGCUCGGGAGCCAUGCGCCCGGAAGCUACUAUUUCGCCCUCCGACCCGACGACCGAACAUGCCGCAGCCACUGAGACGACGAGCGGCGCGCCGGACUACUCGAGGUUCGACUGGAUGGAUCACUGGUAUCCCGUCGCGUGGACGCGCGACUUGCCCGUCGACGCCGUGACUAAGGUGACGCUCUUCGACGUGGACUACUGCGUGGUGAAUCGCGGCGAACGCGAACCGCUCGCCCUGGAGGACAAGUGCCCGCACCGCCUCGCGGCGCUCUCCGAGGGCAGACUCACGGCUCAGGGCUACGUCCAGUGCGCCUACCACGGCUGGAGCUUCGACGCGAGCGGCGAGUGCAAGUCCGUGCCCCAGCGCGAGGGCGGCGCGUCGACGGCCCUCUGUGCGACGGCGGUCCCGUGCCGCGUGGAACAGGGCCUGCUGUGGCUCUUUCCCGGCGCCGCCGCCGGCCGCGACGCCGACCGCUCCGCGCCGCCGCCGCGCGUCCCGGAGAUGGACGACCCGGCGUUCAAGUGGACGACGGCGAUCCGGGAUCUGCCCGUCGACUAUAGUAUUCUCGUCGAAAACAUCCUGGACCCGGAUCAUGGCUUAUUCGCCCAUCAAGCGGCUCCGUUCGACCUCUACACGGCGACGCGCGCCGCGCCGCAGACCGUCGCCGUCGACGAGUCGUCGCCGGGCUUUUUCUCGCUCUCGUCGGCCGUCGCCGCGGUGCCGAAGCUGGUGACGACGAUGAAAAAGGAAAUAAGACAGCCCGGGACCGUGGCGGGCACGACGCUGUACGGCGCGCAAAACGUCACCGGCGUUUCCACGUUCCGGCCUCCGAGCGCCAUCGCCACGGGCCGGCGCGACGCGGCGGGCGAAACAAAGUUCCAGGCCUGUUUCUGGCUCUGCCCGACGGGCGUGGGACGCACGCGGUUCAUGAGCGCCGGCGUCGGCCGCCUGCCGGUCGCGGUGCCGCGGUGGCUCCAGCACGUCGGGCUCAACAACUUCCUCGACCAGGACACGCACCUCCUCGCGACGCAGCAGCCAUACGUUUUACAGGCCGAGUACGACGCCGCGAAGUCGGGCGCCCCCCUCGUCCGCCGCCAGCUCUACAAGUACUCGUCGCCCACGGAGCGGCUGCUGGUCGAGGUCGGGAAGUUUAUGGACGCUGCCGUGCCCAAAACGCCGAACAGAUACGCCGAGCCCCUUAAACUUCUCAUGCCGUGCCCGCCCCGGGAGACGACGCUCGACCGCUACGCGCAGCACACGCAAGUGUGCCCCGACUCGCGAGGCGCGGUCCGCAACGCCAAGGCCCUGCGUCUCGUGUCCUGGGCAGCGGCCGCGACGGUCGCUGCCGGGCGCGUGGCCCGCCUCGGCUCCGUGGCGCGGGCGGCGGCGAGCCCCGCGGCCCUCGGCCUCGCGGCGCUCGGCUACGCGGCGCACGCGUUCGUCGGCGAAUUCGCGUUCAAGUACGGCUCCGCGAAGCGCGACCGCGACCUCCGCGGCAUCCCGAAGGUGUAUGCCGACGAGCGGCUCGACGACUAG